UUAGUCUAGUAAAAAAUGGGGUUUCCCAAGUGUUGAGGCUACUUUCAUUUUGAGUGAGGACUGACAUGACUGAGGUUUGAACUGUGAACUAAUGGACAUAUCUCUAGCUUAUCUCUCACUGCAGAUAUAAGUUGUCCUUCAUAUGAACGUAAUUAACAUAUUAUUAGGUGAAGUAACAUUAUAAUGCUUGCUAUGUGUGUAUGAUAAUAAGAUAAAAAGGAAGAUCUAACAGUUACACAGCUGUUGGAGCAUUGAAAUAAGAUGAUGAUGAUGAAAUAACACCCUAAAGAAGGCGACAUGGCUAUGCGUGUAUCUCGAGUCCAGAACCCUGAGGCUGCCCAACCCAGUUCUCAGAUUGUUGCUAUAGGGCAGCUUAGGGAACAUGAGCCACUCACAGAUAUACUGGAGCAUAUUCCACAUAAGGUCCAAAGGGGUCUGAAGACACAGUAUGAGAUCUUGGAAUUGACCGCAAUGGACGCCAACAACUGGUUCCUGGCAUUAGGCACUAGCGUGGGAACUGUGUUCUUGUACGACAGAACCAAACACUCCAUACAGAGGCUGAAGUCAGAGGACAGUAAUGAUACAGUGACCGGUGUCAACUUGCAUCAUGGGAUAGAGGACCAGGUUGCCAUUGGUUACAGCUCAGGCACCAUAUACAUCUUUCAGCUGCCCAACAUGAUGAUUGGCCACAGCAAAAAGCUAGAGCGGUUUAUUGUUGGUGACCUGCAUACAAGAUCCAUCACAUGUCUCGCCUGGAGCACAAAUGGGAUGCGUCUGUUCAGCGGGGACUCACAGGGGUCGGUAGGCUGCACAGAGGUCGACUUCUACCAGGGCAAGUGUUCCAGCAGAACACUUAUAUCAGAGAAGGACACGUCUGUGGUUCAGCUGCAUCAUGGUCAUCGCUCACUUCUCAUUUCUACCAGACACAGAACUGUCGUCUGCCGCAUGGACGACCAUGAUAGGCUGGUACAGAUUGGCACUAAGGAUAGGAAAAGUCCUGGGGACUUUGGCGCUUGCUUUGUUCCGGCCAUGUGCAAAGUGGAUGACGCUCAUUUGUACGCCUGCAGACCAGGAUUUCGAAUCUGGAAAGCCUCAAUCUCUGGAUCCGUCAGCAAUACUUACAUCUUCAAAGACCUUCUGGCUGCGACCCAUCCAGCCAUUAGUGUUCUAAACUUUGAUGUGACGAGCAUUAGUAAAGCCCUGAAUACGUCGCAGUUCUGCCAGUUGAUACUGUUCCAGGAGAAGACACUUGUUACUUGGAAUGAUAGCACGCUCUAUGUACUGGACCCAGACUCUCUGCAGGUUGUUGGCUCCCAGAAUAGGAUGGGGCUGAUCAAGUGCGUUGCUGUUACUGAUAGUGAGAUAUUUGUGUUACGCCAAGGGACCAACAGGAACCUGAUUAGAAUAGCUGCUAUUCCCCUGGAGAAGCCUAAGAACCAUUUGCUGCAACUGCUUCACCUUGAACGUGAAGAGAAAGAUACCAAACAUUCCACCAACAAUACUGAAAGUCGCCAAACUACAAAGUUGGACGAUGACGCAAAAUCAAAAUCACCAUUGAAAGUGCUGAAAGGGAAUAUUCUGGAGAAAGUCAAAAGCAUUCCAAAGCCAUACGAGAUUAAAGACUUAAUAACUGAAAAGCUAGUUGAUUUGAGAAAUGAGUCCAUUUCCAUUAAAGUGGUAAAUGACAAGAGUUCUAGAGAUAUUUCACCCCCUGGUGUCCUCCCACCUGUUAUAAGACUCAGCUCACCAGAUCUCCCAAAAAUUGAGAUCAGUUCUGGUGUGCCUGUAGGUAAUGCACCAGUCCAAAGUGUACCCAACCAGUCUGAUGCUAGAAUUGAAACAGGAAGUGCAAUAGGAAGUCAGUCUGGUUUCUUAUCUGAAAGAAUGGGACUGCAAGGUGAACGACUCGGUGGUGGAACCAGUCAACUAUUGCAUGAGAACUUGGCACUAACAGAGCCUGGGUUUCAUGACAGGAAGGUGUUCAUGCAGGCUGGGGAGGGGGAUGAUGGGGACAUUGUAUUCAGCAGGAGGGUGAAACCAAAGAUUAAAAAGAAAAAGAGAACCUCAAAGGAAUCAAGGUAUUUUGCUGAAAAGGAUCAAGACAGGAUAUCGAUUAACAGCGUCAAAAGUGCAAACAGCGAGGAUGGAUCUAGUGUCAACAGCAUGAGUAGAAUAAACAGCAAGGAUCAGUUGAAUGGAAACAACACUAACAGUGAGAGUGGAGUUAACAUUGCAGACAAACGGCUAGAGACUAGUCAGAAGGAUGUUGAAGAUGUCCUUGAUCCAAAACCAGGCCAUGAUAGCUCUGAAGGUGCUGAAAUAACAGACAGUCUUUUAUCUGACAUUGCUAAAAUCAGUGUUGGUGAUUAUACAAAUAUAGAGAGUAAUAAAUUAGAUAUUCUUUGUAAAAAUAAAGAUGAUGAACAUGAAGAUGUCAUAGAAGAACAUUCACAAUGUUCUGAUGAAGAUGGAGAAGAAAUAGAAAAGGUGUUAGAUACAAAAGUUGACAUAGAGUUAAAUCAUGUUUCUGCUUUAGUUUGGCCUGUAAAUGAAUCUAUAAAUGACAUUGAUGCGAUGGCUAACCUUUCUAAGGUGAGUGAAGAAUCAGUGGAUAUCAGCAGAAGUGAGGAAAAGUCUGCCAUAGAGUCAUUACGAAGCACAUAUGUAGAAACUAAAAUAAAUGAAAAUAAAGAAAUCUCUAAAGAAACCACUCACAAAACUGUUGAUGAUUCAAUUACUGUAAAACAUUCCAAGCUGUUUUUGCCUGAGAGUAAUCAACCUUCCUCAGUAUUUUAUGGCCCAGACCAAAACGAAAACCUAACCAAGGAUGGAGGUAAAUACAGAAAUCUGGACUUAGAAUUAGCAAAACUUGACAAUUAUCUAAGCAACACAGAAGAACAUGCAAACUCGGAUACGGAAUCUGAUAGUAGAACAGCAGUGGAUCAACUUCUGUUGUCCACUGGUAGACGAAAAGAGAUCAAAAUAAUUGACAAAGGACAAGCCACUUUAGUGGAGGAUCGAAUUCAAGGUUAUGUUCCCAACCAACUUGAAAAGUCUUUAGCUGAAUUGGAGCAGCAGUCUGAAGCCACUGCUGAUGCAGACGGUCAUGCAGGUACAUGGUUUUCACUGUCCUCGCACGAUGGCUCUAAAUCCCCGUCUAUUUAUUCCUUGUAUAAAUGGCCAAUGAAAGCCAGCUCUGCAACAGAAGACUUCUACUCCAAAUACUCUGUCUCAUCACCGUCAGAAUCAAUGUUACCAACUAUUCCAGAGACAGCCACAAAUAAUGAUAUCAUCAACACAAAAGGUGUUCCAAAUAAUGUAUGUGACUCCCCAUCUCUGCUUUUAGCAGCCAAGUUACUAGCAAACAUUUGGACAGAGAUAGGGGCCAAUGGAAACAUCUACAGUCUUUCAGUGUCGUCAACGCAUGUAUGGAUAACUGAUCGCAGUACAAACAUUUUUUACGCCCCACUAGGAGAGCCUGGGAUAUCCUGGAAAAAGGCCAUUGGAAAUGCUAGUCAGAUCUCUGUGUCUAAGGAUGGAAGUAUUGUCUGGGCCCUUAACAAGGGCGUUGUGAGCGCGGGUACCAAGAUCACACCCAAGCGACCCGAGGGCAUGAAGUGGGUGGAGGCCGUGAGAGACGUCGCUUACAUCUUUGUCGAUGAAACUUGUGCAUGGUAUGUGAAGACCAACCACCAAGUGAAGAUGCAGAAGGAUCUGUCUCGUGACCGCCCUUGCUUCAAGUCGGUGGACGUGCCCUGCGAGCACCGUCUGAAGCAGAUCACGUGUCGGGAGGGGGUCGUGUGGGCCCUCACUGAGCAGUGUCGCUGGCUCUACAGAGACGGGGUCUCAAAGAGCAAGCCCGAGGGGUCGGGAUGGAAGAGUGGGGACAGCAUUUUUGAAGGACUUUUAAGAUAUGGAACAGAGAACCGACUGUUCUGUCACAUGGCCUUGGGGGAGGACAAUAUUGGCUGGGCAGUGGAUGUGCUAGGACAGGUCUGGUUCCGUACCGGGGUCACCAUGGAGACACCCAGGGGAGACAAGCACUGGUGGCAGGUACCUCUGACCGGGGAAUAUUUCCAGAAGGAUCCGACCGCCCUGGACAUGCUUCGUACCUUCACCAGCAAGUUUGAUCCCCAGCAGCUGAGCCUGCUGCUGAGCACGCAGACCGGGGCCCUGGUGGCGGCACAGAACGGGGUCUGGGUGUGCCCUGACUAUAAACACAUGCUCCAUGUGUGCAGAGGUAGCAUUGAAGGCCAGAUGUGGUGUGAUGUAUCCCCAGGCAACCUGGCAAUGUCCUGCUGGAAAACAGUGAAUGCAAGCACCUGCAAAAAUGGGAAAGGUUUGUUAUGGGGUGUGCAAGCCAAUGGUGACAUGUUCGUGUUCCAACCCAGCGGGGAGUCAUUCACUUGUGUUGAGCUCCCUCGCUCUUCAAGACAUACAAUCAAUACAUCCCUCCUGUGUCUGUCUGUGUGUGAGGACGCGGUGUGGGUGCUAACCACCGACGGGACAGUCCAUAUCCGUACAGGAGUGUCCAGCUUGGGUCCUAAAGGAACAGGAUGGGCUGAGCUGGAUCUUGCACAGUUAGACCAGAGCCACUUGGUGAACAUUUCCUGCGCAAAUUCCUGCGUUUGGUCCGUGGACAGUGAUGGUAGUGUAUUUCACCGUAUUGGAGUGAAGGCACCCUCGGAUCUGUGUCUCAAUGCUGCAUGGCUCCCUGUAGAUUGUAAGGGAACCAUCUUUACGCAGAUUGUUUCCUGCGAACAAGAUUGGAAGGUGUGGGCUAUAGACGAACGUCGCCAAGUGUAUGUUAGAGGGGAAAUCACUAUGAAGAUGCCCAUUGGUGGUCAGUGGAUACACGUGUCCGGUACUCAGGCAAAGCAGAUAGCAUUGUCAGAGAAUUUUGUCUGGGUGUUGAAUCACUCUGGUGAAGUACUGUGUCGCUAUGGAGUUGACCUGGAAAACAUUGCAGGUGACUACUGGAGGAAGAUUCCGGGCAGCUUUUCGUCUAUUUCAGCCAGCCCAGAUGACACGCUUUGGGGUAUCACCAAGGAAGGGCAGCUGAUGCGGCGCAGUACCAGGUACAUAGUGCGACCUCCAAUCGAGUCGCAACGAGAACCACACUUCAGAAACUCCAACAGAAACACCAGCAUCUCCAGUGAGGAGGGUGACUGGGAGAUGGUAGAUGUGAUGAAGUUACACUGAGUGGAGUGUAGCCAUAACAAUGUGUGGGAUGUAGCCUGGAAAGUCGUCUGAUGAAGUUUCACUGAUUGGAGUGUAGCCAUAACAAUGUGUGAGGUGUAGCCAAGAGGGUCAAUGUGGUGAAGUUACACUGAGUGGAGUGUAGCCAUAACAAUGUGGGGUGUAACUUUAAAUGUUGUGAUAUAGAACCGUAAAUGUUAUUCCAGAUUGGCUGUAAGCGAAACAAUUGGAAAUGUAGCAGUAACAAUUAUGACAGUUCCUCAUGAUUUAAUUUAGGAAUAUGAUAAUUUUUGUGUUGUUUUUCAUGCCGAAAACUCUCAGAGAAAGAUUGAGUUUUAAUAGAGGUUUUGUGCUGUAAUUUUAUUUGUAGGUAGCCAACAUAAAGACCUAUGGGAUUGCAUUAAGAGCAUUUUGGGUCAAGGUCAUUGUUACUAAAAAUAGAAAGUAUUAUUUGCUAAAUUACUUGCGUUUGGAUGGAGGUAUUGUGUGUGUGAAGCCUGUAAUCAGACAUUUGUUUCAAAAUUAAAUAAAUUCAAAUAAAUGUAUUGGUAAAAAGUUGAAAAUCUUGUUUCUUGACUUUGGCAUAAGACAUGUAUUGUCUUAAUUACAAAUGUUUAGCUAUAGGUUAACAUAUGCUAUAAAACUACUGCAGAUAUUCAACUUCAAAUAUAUCUUUGUGGUCAUUAUAUCAGUUGUUGACAGAAAUUGUACAAUACAUUAUGGAAGAGGAAGAAUAGUCCAGCAUGCUUUUUUAGGACAACUGUUGUUUUGUUUAUUCUUAGACUUAACUAAUGAGCCGUAGACUCGUGCUUAACAUUUCAAAGCCUUGCAUUAUAUAUUUGGUUUUAAUAAGAGCUUGCUAUUUUUUCCUUAUUGAAAAUUUUAAAUCUUCAUUGCUUUUAAAAUGCGUGUCUAUCAUUUACAUGCUUUGAAGGCCUGUGUAUAGAUCACACCAGCUUCAAACAUUAAAAUGUCACAUCCAGGCUAUGAAGUUUAAUGUCAAUUGCUUACAUUUUAAUAUAAAUGUGUGUUUGUUCAGUUAGUGUAGUACAUUAACAAAUAAUCAUGCGUUAAAUAUUUGGUUACAGAAUUUUUCAAAAAAUUUCAUUUCGUUAUGGCUGAUUUUUUUUACUGUUUGUUACUUUGGCUGGUAUGCUUAAAUUUUCAUUUAGUUAAGGACAUAUAUUAACAGGUGUAAUUUCAUGGUGAGCAUCAUCGUUAUGUAGUUGUUAAUGAUACAUAUUUGAUUCCAUCCAGUUUCAGCAGUCCAUAUCCUCUCUAACAAGCCAGAAGGUCCUAUUUGCAUAUGAGCCUUCUGGGAAAACUGGGCUGAAUUCAUGUGUGCAAAGUGUCUUCCCAGAAUAGCCUGCACAGUCCCCGCAGGCUAAUCAGGGAGGACACUUUCUGCUUUUAUGAUUUUAUUUUUUAAAUGAAGUCUGUUUAAGGGAAAAAACAUUUUAGGUGGAAAGUGUCGUUUCUAAUUAGCCUGUGGAGACUGCACAGGCUAAUCAGGGAUGAAACUUUAUGCAUUUGAAUUAAGCCCAGUUUGACCAGAGCGUUGCUCAUAUGUGCAAAGAAGGCUGAUAUGCCUAUCUGGCUUUUGAGAGAGGAACAAAACGUUUACUCUAUACAUUGUGCUUGUGUUUAUUUGUUUAGUAUUAGCUGAACAAUUACAGUUCAAUCUUAUUGUUUAAGGCAAACUUUGCAUAAUCAGAAGUGAUUAAUAAUGUUUGUGUUUCAACACUGACCUAACUGUAUGGAUUAAGAAUAAUGUUUGUGGGUCAACUCUAAACUAACUGUAUAGAUUAAAAAUAAUGUUUGUGGGUUAACACUGCACUGACUGUUUAAAUAUAAUAGUGUGCCACCUCCCAGCUUACUGUUUUAGUGUUUGAAUUGUGUUGAGAAUUAUGUUUUGUAUCAACUCUCACCUUACUGUUUGAAUUAAGAAUAAUGUGAGUGUGUCUCAACUCCAAACUUGCUGUUUGAAUUAAGAAUACUCUUUUGUGUAAGCUCCAAACUUACUUUAUAGAUAUAUAAUGAUGUUUUGUAUCAAGUCUAUCCUUACUAUUUUAUUUAAGAAUAAUUUUUGUGUGUCAUCUCCCAACGUCGUUUUGGAUUAAGAAUGAUUGUUUGGACAAAAUGAAAAUCUGAGUGAUGUAACAGUCAUGAACAAAUGUGGGAAUGCAUGCUUUGAUGUUCUUAAAUGAGCUUCAUAAAAUAUAAAAAUGUGCUGGAGAAAGUCCUAUUACUAGCUUAAGAUUUCUUGUCUUAAAAUAUAAAGCUGACAUGCCUGUCUCCUCUUCUUUAUUUCGUAUUUUUCAGUUCUGAUAAAAAAAAACACAACAUGAUGUAUUUGAUAUUGAAACUAAUUAUGAACAGCCCAUACUGAUUUGAACUAUUCAUAGUCCAAAGUGGGUCAUGUUUUAUGGUAAACUUACUCAAAUGGGCCAUAGAAUUAAUCUGACUGCUUCCAAUGGGUUUCUUGUUUAUAAAGUAUUCAAUCAAUUUCAUUGUUUGAACAUGAUUUUGUCAGAGCUCAAGCAAUUUAGAUUAAGUACCUAAUGACCUAGUGGUAUCAAAACUUUGCUUUAUACCAGUAAAGUUUGCUUUAUUCCAGUAAAAUUUGCUUUAUACCAGUAAAGUUUGCUUUAUUCCAGUAAAAUUUGCUUUAUUCCAGAAAAAAUUGCUUUAUUCCAGUAUAAAAAUUGAUUUUAGAAGGGAAACAUAUGGAAAUACACUUUUUUAUUUUGAUGUUGUAUUUUAAUGCCAGUGUUUUGAGUUUGCAAUAAUCAAAAUGCAAAUGCUUCUACGUCACUUAUUUUAUGUUUGAAUAUAAAAUAACAUGUUUUCUUUAAAAGGCAAACAAUUUGUGUAAACAUUUCACUGUAAAACAGUUAACAUAAGUAACAAGAAACCGUCGGAGACGGAUGAUGCUCUCCAAAGUUUUUUUUUGUCACAAUAUUGCACUAUAUAUUCAGAUAAAAGGAAACGUCUUGAGGGCACAGUAGUUGGGGGGACAAGAUUUUUUUUUAGAAAAUUUCAAAGGGUCAUAACUCUGUGAAAAAUCAUCCGACCAGAACCUGCUGAUAAUAUGCACAUCUCCUCUUGGUAGUGAAGCUUCCCAUAAAGUUUCAUUGAAUUCCGGUCAUUAGUUGCUGAGAAAUAGCCCGGACAAAAAUUGUGCACGGAGGGACACACGGACAGACAAAGCGGCAACUAUAUGCUCCCCCCAAAAUAAGUUUUAGGGGAGCAUAAUAAAUUAAAUUUCUUAAUAUUUAGCAUCUUAAAUUAUUUAUUAUAUUAAGCAUCUUAAAUUAUUUGUUUUUAAGAUAAUACGUUUUUCACUUCCUACAAAUAAUACUGUUUUGUGGUCAUAAGUUGUAUUCAAUCAAAUAUAGAUUAUUAUGUAUUACAAUAGUUGUAUUAAAUAAGUAUAUAUCUGUUGCAUUCAAUGUUAUUCUUUUUCAGCAUAUGCAGCAUGCAACAUAUGAGUCCCAUGUUUCAAUAAUUGUUGCUAGUGGUCUAGACCAAGUAUGAAAAGGGACGGUCUAGACCAAGUAUGAAAAGGGACGGUCUAGACCAAGUAUGAAAAGGGACAAACAUUAUAUGUAGUAUAGUUUACACAAACUGACUGGCAUGCAUUUACUUGAUUAGCAGACUUAUUGGUCCCAAUAAUAUUUUUAUGCCCCCAGUAGGUAGGCAUAUAGCAGUUGAAAUGUCCGUCAGUCCGUCUGUCAGUCUGUCUGUCAGUCUGUGCGUCUGUCCGAAAACUUUAACACUGGCCAUAACUUUUGCAAUAUUGAAGAUAGCAACUUUAUAUUUGGCAUGCAGUUUACAAGUUUAUUAUGCAUUUGUAUCUCAUGAAGCUGCACAUUUUGAGUGGUGAAAGGUCAAGGUCAUCCUUCAAGGUCAAAAGUCAUAAAAUACAAUCCAAUGGAAGUAAUAAGCUUUAAAAGGGAGAUAAUUUCUUAACCUGCCAAAUGAUAUAUUGAAGUUUUAUUUCAAAGCGGCUCAAUAGGGGGCAUUGUGUUUUUGACAAACACAUCUCUUGUUUACUUAAAACUUGGCUUAAUUUGUAAAUUUUUACUAUUCAAACAUUUGCAUUAGACUUGUGUGUAGAAAAAAAUCAGUGUAAGAUGAUAUUUUUGUUUGUGCAAUCAUUGUAUUAUUUAUUUUUGCACCUCCUGUGUGUAUACAGGGUGUCUUUUACAUGUAUUUACCAGAACUGUGUCCCAAGCUCAAAGUUCAAAGUAUCACAUUCAUGCCAGAUAUAAACUAUAUGCAUAAUUUAGUUACCUUUUAAAUGUGCAAACAAUAAAAUGGUUUUGUUGAGAUAAUCAGUAUUCAUGAGACAUCAUUUGUUCAUGUCCAAAGUUGUGUUGUGGGUUCAUCAUGAUUUGUGAAAAAUAUAGUCACUUUGUCAUAGUUAAACAAUGAUAAUCAAGUCAUGUCAUGGGUAGGCUUACAUAGACUAUAUGCUUCAUGUUAACUUGUUAUUAAUUUUAAAAUGGAACAGGCUUGGUUUAUGCUUAGCGCUGGCUGUAGCAUUUGCAUUAUUAAGUUACAAUGGAUGUGAUUGACUUUAUACAAAUUAAUAAAAUUUGAUAAAGAG